AUGCGCGGCUUGACGCUCAAGGCGGUUGCGGCGCGCAGCGCGCGCCCCGCGGCGCCCGCAGCGGCGAGUCUGCCGCGUGUCGGUGCGGCGCCUGCGCUGCGGGGCCCUGCUCCCGUCCGUGCGGAGCGCCGGUCCCCCGGCACGCCGUACGACCAGGACUACAGCCCCGGGUACACCCCGCAGCCCCCCGUGUUCGAGAACCUCGAGCGAAUCAUCCAGACGAACUUCCCCGGCGGGAACCGCGGCUGGGAGGAGGUCGAGGGCGGCGCCCUGAUCCUGCGCCCGGCCUCGAAGACCCCGCGCGGGGUGGUGCACUUCAUCGGGGGCGCGUUCGUCGGCGCGGCGCCGCAGUUCACGUACAGCACGUUCCUUGAGGCGCUCGCGUCGAAGGGUCUGAUCAUCGUCGCCACGCCGUACAACACGGGGUUCGACCACAUGCGCAUCUGCGACGAGUGCAACUUCAAGUUCGACCGCGCGAUGAUCCGCAUGGGCUCCGAGGUGUCCGGGCUGCCCGUCUACGGCGUCGGCCACUCCCUCGGCUCCCUCAUCCACAUGCUCAUCUGCUCGCGGUACCCGGCCCUGAGCCGCGCGGGCAACGUGUUGAUGUCGUUCAACAACCGCCCCGCCACGGACUCCAUCCCGUUCCUCGCGCCCGUCAUCGCGCCGAGCGCGUCGCUCGUCGGGCCGAUCCUCAAGCAGCUCAUGGACUCGCCCGUCCGCGCCCCGGCCCAGUCGGCGUACAAGAACCUGCGCAACAUGGCCCCCGGCGCGGCCAAGCAGCUCCUGCCGCUCUUCGAGCAGCUCCAGAGCAUGUACAUCGACGUGAGCCAGGGGCGCCGCGAGUUCAUCCCGGCGCCGGAGGAGACGCGCCGCCUCCUGCGCUCCAGCUACGGCAUCCCGAAGAACCUGCUCGUGCGGUUCAAGAACGACUCGAUCGACGAGACCGCGGACCUCUCGUCGCUCCUCUCCAACUCCUCGGGGAUCUCCGAGGUGCUCAACAUGACGGUGAAGGUCCUCCCGGGGGGUCACGAGCGGCCCCUCGCGCAGUCCUUCGUCGAGGUGCCCCCGCAGGUCGCCCGCGCGGGCUCCUCGGCCGCGGAGUUCAUGUCGAAGCUCGGCCAGAUGGCCAGCGAGGCCGGCGUGCCCUCCGGGCCCGGGUCGGCGCUCGACACCUUCUCCGGCGCGAUGGACUACGUGUCCGACUCGCUCGCGUACACGGCGUCGGGUAGCAAGAGCUCGCGCGCGAUCCUGGCGCGCGACCUGGAGGACCUGGCGGAGCAGAUAGCCUUCUGGAUGGGCGUGAGCGACUUCAUCAGCACGCGGCCGCCGCGGCAGAUCCCCGCGCCGCGGCCCGAGGCGCCGCGGACGUCGCGGUCGCCGCGCAGCCUGCCGCCCGCGGCGUACUAG